AUGUUAGCUCGACUUCAUAGACUAACCACAAUAGCAAAACAUAUUGACCCAACAACUCCAUUUGGUGGUAUUAAUAUGAUAUUUCUAGGUGAUUUUGUACAGUAUCCACCAGUGCUUGAUCGACCACUCUAUUCAAAUAUAUUAUCACCCACUGAUACAUUAGCUAAUACUCUGAAUACUAUUAACCAAACUCACAGACAACAACAAAUACGUAAUAAACAUCCAUUAUUUAUGGUCAUGCAGACAAGAUUAAGAACUGGACAAUGUACUGAUGAUGAUCAUGAUAGGUUUUGUAAACGUGUUGUUUCAUCUGAUAAUGAUGUUAAAUCAUUAACAGAAUCACCAUGGAAUUUAGCACCAAUGCUAUAUAAUCAAUUAUCAACAGUUGUCGUUGCGAAUGAUCGUGUCCGAAAUCAUGAUAUUGACAAUAUUGAUUUUCGACGUUUUUUACUUUCAUUACCUGAUAAUAAAACAGAAGGCUUACUAGGAUAUCUACCGAUUGUAAUGAAUAUGCCAGUUCUUAUAACACAUAAUAUCGCCACAGAACUACAUAUUUCAAAUGGUUCAAUUGGUGGACUGGUGCAUUUAGUAUAUGAUAACGAUGAUGAAAACUCAAAUAAUAAUACUACUAAUAAUAAUAUUAGAGAUGCUAAAUUUCCAAUUAAUAUGAAAUAUAUUCAAAAACCAUUAUAUGCUUUUGAAUCGACCAUGAUACCUAUUCUGCCUGAACAAAAAACAAUUAAAAUGGAUCUAAAAUCGUUUGUUACUCCAACGCAAAAAAGACUAUUAAAUAGUAAAACUAGAAUAACUAUUCGUCGAGCUCAACUUCCUAUUGUACGUGCUUAUGCUAUGACUACACAUAAAUGUCAAGGUAAAAUCUUGGCACAUGGUGUUAGCGAUUUAGUUCCUCCACCAUAUGCAAAAUCUGAUCUUGCCAAUGUUUAUGUACCAAUAUCAUGUUUUACAUCUGCUGAUACAAUGACAAUUUUGCGUCAUUUUCCUCGAUCCAUAUUAAAUCAGAAACCACAGCCUGAUCUGGUUAUUGAGCUAGAACGUUUAAAAAAUUUGUCUAACAGUAACUAA